AUGUCCAGAGCAGCUGUUGGGAAAGGCACAGCACCGGAGCCUGACAGCUCGGAAGAGGAGCUGGAAGUGGGGGGCGCACCCCAGGUGUGCUACGGGCAGGGUCUCUGGGUUCCCCAGGGGAGAGAAGCAGCUGCCUGCCUGGGGGACACCGAAGAGAUGAAGGUGAGGAAGAGGAGCAGGCCAGUGCGCUCCAAGGCUAGGAGGAUGGCUGCCAACGUCAGAGAGCGCAAGAGGAUCCUGGACUACAACCAAGCCUUCAACGCCCUGCGGCUGGCCCUCAAACAUGACCUCGGUGGGAAAAGGCUUUCCAAAAUCGCGACCCUCCGGCGAGCCAUCAACAGGAUCACGGCUCUGUCCCUGUCCCUGCACGGCGCCGGGCACUGCUGGCCCUGCGCUCACUCCGAGUGCCGCGGCCGUGCUGGGGUCCCUGCGCGGGACCCAGGGGUGAAGGCCAACCGCCCCCAGCUCCCCUGGGAGCCCAGUCAUGCAGGCGCUGCUGUCUUGCAGCGCUGCCCUCCGUCCCCUCUCUACGCCGGGUUUUCCUCCGAGAGGCAACUCCAGCGCUACGAGAGCCUGAAGGAGGAUCACUCCGUGCCCAGCCCUUCCUAUUGCUCCAGCGGGACCCACCACCCCGGGCUCCGAGGCCAGCAGAGAUACACGAGCCAGCGAGACCCCCUGGCCGGGGUGGUCUCCUGGCAGCUGGGCUGUUGCCAGAGCUGGGGACACCAGCAGUGCCUCCCCAUCCACUGA